ACAACAGAGCGAGCAAACUUACCUUCCUCAAGGAAUAUCAAUUAUUCUCUCGCAGUUCGAAGUACCGACUGCGUGACGCAGUGAAGUUAGGGCUGUUUUCUUCGGAGUUAUCGCCAAAGCGACGCAUUAUUAGAUGCGAUCUUAUGUCAAGUGCAUCUUCUGGGUCGACGUAUCGGAAGUAUACGUCAAAGAACACGUAGGGUCCGGAUAUCCCGUCAAAAUCUUAAGGAACAGACACUCUACGGCCGAUCACUACCGUAAUGUCGCAAUCGCCGAUAGUGCUGGACGGUGACUUCAAUAGCCAGGCAGCAAUUUCCAUGGGCAAGACUUCUAUCGAUAAUUUACCCACCAUGCUGUGGACUCUCAACAACCAAGUCUCUAUAUUUAACACGCACUUGGAAUUUUUACGUGCCGGCGCCAACAUGAUAAGGACCAACACUUAUCACGCGUCCAUAUACAAUUUAAAUCACUUUGUCGGUAUUGACGUAAAGGACAGCUCGUCCAUUAUCACCAAUGUCGCGUCAAUCGCCCGAAAGGCCGUGUUUAGUUAUCUCCAUGAAACGAGCAAGAAUGCCACAAAUCAGGAAGUCCACCGCAGAGUCCGUCCUUGCAUAGUUGGCUUUUGCGGGCCAUAUGGUGCCUCGUUAGGCAACGGCUCGGAGUACACAGGUGCUUAUGGGAAUGCGUUGUCGCAAAGCGACCUGGUGGAGUGGCAUAAGACACGCGCGAAGGCACUACUGGACGCCAAAGUCGACAUCCUGGCUCUGGGAUCUGUGCCGUGCGCGAAGGAGGCCGCGGCAUUCGUGGAGAUGCUGCAGAACUUUCCGCAUAUUCGUGCCUGGAUCACGUUCUAUUGCUACAACGAGCGUAUAUUAGCGGACGGCAGCGACUUCCGAAAGAUAAUCAAGCACUGCUGUCGUACCAUGGGCAACCAGAUGAUGGCAAUUGGCGUCAGCUGCAUCGAGUCCAGAUUGGUAUCGCCCUUGUUCAACGUCAUCCAUCGCGAGACGUUCCCGUACAACGUUCCUCUGAUAGCGUGUCCUGAUAAAACUAGCUACAGAUUCAAAGAAGACUUUACCAUCGAGAUAAUUGACCGAAAAAGUCCCUUGAAUCUGCCUAUAUCGGAGUGGUUGAACAUGGGAGCGACUAUUAUCGGCGGUUGCUGCGGUACAAUCGCUCACGAUAUCAAGUACAUUCGUUCAGAAAUAGAAAAGUACAACGUCGUACAACAGAAAAAAAGUACUAUCAACGAUAAUAAUUCUAAUGUAGUUAAAACAAAAUUGUAAUUUGCAAGAUACAACCUCGCACGAUUAUUAACGCUUGUACUGUUUAGUUAAGCCAAUGAAGACAAUACAAUCGGAGAUACGCGCGCGUCUUAUAAUUAGAUGAAUAUAGGACGUAUUGAACAUAGUAUUGAAUAUAGUAUAUAUCUUUGCAGUAUCACUAACGUAAUGUGAGUGCAUUUAUAAUAAUAAGAUAUAAUAUAGUCGUAUAGAUAAGAUAUGUAAGAUAAUAAUAUCUAAAUAUUAUUAUCUUCAUAGUUAACAGAUAGAAGUCGCAACAUUCUAUUCAAAUAUUCUCCUGAUGAUUUUAUUUAAAAUUCCGUGGCGUUAUUUAUUUAUUUUCGUGUUCUUUCCACUGAAGAAGAAAGAGAUAAUAAUCAUCGCUAUCUGUUAUAGGACUUCUUCCUUUUAAUAUAAGAAAUAAGGUUUGUGUAAUUUUUAAAAAUUCAAUAUACUAUCCGUACACUUCUCUCCCUAUUCCUUCUCUGUCGAUGUUACGAAAUAAUAAUAAUUUUAAUGUCCAUUAUAUGUCAGCGUGUAUGUGAAAAAGUAUCAGUAUAAUAACAGAUGUUUUGUUGCAGGUUUUGUGAAUAAACAGUUACCUUUGAAA